AUGGCUAUCAUUGCUGCUCAUGGCCAAGCGCAAGAGCAUAUCUUGCUCGAUGGGAAAUACGUUCCUCGCGCUGUUCUUAUGGAUCUGGAGCCUGGUACCAUGGAUUCCCUCAGAUCUGGUCCCUUUGGUCAGAUUUUUCGUCCUGAUAACUUCGUCUUUGGCCAGUCCGGUGCUGGUAACAACUGGGCCAAAGGUCAUUAUACCGAAGGUGCUGAGUUGAUUGAUUCCGUUCUCGAUGUUGUCAGGAAGGAGGCUGAGAACAGCGAUUGUCUUCAAGGUUUCCAAGUGUGUCAUUCAUUGGGUGGAGGAACCGGAUCUGGAAUGGGAACUCUUUUGAUUUCUAAGAUUAGAGAUGAGUAUCCAGAUCGUAUGAUGAUGACUUUUUCAGUGUUUCCUUCUCCUAAGGUCUCUGACACUGUUGUUGAGCCAUACAAUGCUACUCUCUCUGUGCAUCAGCUUGUUGAAAAUGCUGACGAGUGUAUGGUUUUGGACAAUGGGGCUCUUUACGAUAUCUGUUUCCGUACCUUGAAGCUUGCUAACCCUACCUUCAUCUCUGCUACAAUGAGUGGUGUUACUUCCUGUCUUCGUUUCCCUGGUCAACUAAACUCUGACCUUAGGAAGCUUGCUGUGAACCUUAUCCCCUUCCCAAGGCUUCACUUCGUCAUGGUUGGUUUCGCUCCAUUGACAUCGAGAGGAUCA